UGUUGUAUCUAUAAAAAUAUUGCGUAUAUUAAAUAUUCCACGCUUUUUCUGAAAGCACGACAUUGGCCGGAACAAGGAAGUAGAGUGUGUCAUGUGAUCACUGAAAAUGGCCGCCGUGAUGUGGCGUUCCCGGUGGCGCAACUACGAUGCUGAGCUGAAAAGUGCCCGUCUGGAGGCAACGUCACUUGAAUUUUCGGACUCUCAUCCCCUCAAACCUAUUUUGGUGACAGACACCAAAGCUCGCCGUGGAACUCGCAAGGGCAGCACCUCCUCCUCUUCGUCCUCCUCUUCUUUAGCGGCGCCGGACCCCCUCAGCUGCAUGUUGGAUGGAACAGAUCCGCUCUCCAUGUUUGCAGCUGAGACUCCAUCUACGUUGCAUGUCCCCUUCGCCGGGGAUGCGAGGAAGAAGGAGGAUGAGCCAGUGGGUGCAGAUUUUGAGCCCUGGUCCAUAAAGAGAGGCGAAAUCCUGGCAAGGUUCACCACCACUGAAAAACUUUCAAUCAAUCUAUGCAUGGGCUCUGAGAUGGGAAAUUCCCAGAAUCCGGGAUCUUCUGCUGUCUCGGAAAAGGUCCGCACUCGUCUGGAGGAACUGGAUGAUCUAGAAGAGGGUUCCCAGAGAGAGCUGCUCAAUCUCUCCCAGCAGGAAUAUGCUCACCGCAUCGAAGAGCUGAACCAGUCCCUGAAAGAGGCCUGGGCCUCGGACCAGAAAGUCAAAGCCCUGAAGAUUGUAAUCCAGUGCUCCAAGCUUCUCUCCGACACCUCCGUAAUCCAAUUUUACCCCAGCAAGUUUGUUCUCAUCACUGACAUACUCGACACAUUUGGCCAGCUUGUGUAUGACAGAAUUUGGAGCAUGUGUACAGACCCAAGACCUUUACCGGACUCCUUUACGGUCGACGAUGUCAACGACACAGCCAAGGAAACGUGCCUCAACUGGUUCUUCAAGAUCGCCUCCAUUAGAGAACUCUUACCCAGACUAUACGUCGAAGCCUCUAUCCUGAAGUGCAGUCGCUUCCUGAACAAAUCCGGUAUUCAGGAGACUCUCCCACGACUGACCGCCAUGAUCAGAGGGAUUGGAGACCCUUUGGUGGCUGUUUACACCCGAGCUUACCUCUGCAGGGUUGGCAUGGAGGUCGCCCCCAGCUUGAAAGACAGCCUGAAGCGCAACUUCUUCGACCUGCUCGGAACCUUCCGUCAGAUCAGCGGGGAGAGCGUUCGCAGCCAGCUGCUCACGCAGAGGGUGGAGAUGCCCGAGUACCUGACUCUCUAUUCACCCGCGAUCAACUGGAUCCUGCAGUGUAGUGCUUACAGAGCACCAGAGACUCUUCUAACAGAAAUGAUGGAGAGGUGUAAGAAGCUGGGUAACAAUGCCCUGCUGUUGAAUUCAGUCAUGAGGGCAUUUAGGCCCGAGUUUGUCGCCACCAGAGCCAUGGAUUUUAUCGGUAUGAUCAAAGACUGCGACGAGGCCGGGUUCCCCAAGCAUUUGUUAUUCGGAUCACUGGGUCGCUGUCUGGCUUGCGCCGACCCUCCAGAAUCAGAGAGGCUGACCAUCCUCAACGAAGCCUGGAAGGUCAUCACCAAAGUCCGCAGUCCUCGGGAUUAUGUCAACUGUGCUGAAAUCUGGGUGGAAUUCACCUGCCGAAAUUUCACAAAACGGGAGGUGAACACCGUUCUAGCAGACAUCAUCAAACACAUGACGCCCGACCGGGCUUUUGAGGAUGCAUAUGCUCAGCUACAGUCCGUGAUCAGGAAGAUCCUCGCCCACUUCCACGACUUCUCAGUCCUUUUCUCCAUGGAACGUUUCUUGCCAUUUCUGGACAUGUUCCAGAAGGACGGUGUCAGGGUGGAAGUGUGCAGGUCCAUCAUGGAUGUCUUCAUCAAACACCAGCUGGAGCCAACCAGAGACCCCGUCAUCCUCAACGCCGUGAUGCACAUUUGCAAGACCAUGCAUGACUCAGUCAACGCUCUCACACUGGAGGAUGAAAAAAGAUCUUUGUCCGUGCUGAUCAUUGGCUUCAUGCGUGUGGUUUCCUUCGGUCGUGACUUUGAGCAGCAAUUGAGUUUCUGCGUGGAGGCCAGAGCCACAUUCUGUAACCUGGAGCCAGUACUGGUGCACCUCAUUCACACGGUGAAUCAGUUGGCGAUGGAGACCAGGAGGGUGAUGAGAGGCAAUCAUUCCCGCAAAACAGCAGCAUUUGUCCGGGCGUGUGCUGCCUACAGUUUUAUCACCAUCCCGUCCCUGGGCAGCAUCUUUAGUCGUCUUCACCUUUAUCUGCUGUCUGGUCAGGUUGCGUUGGGCAACCAGUGUUUAUCGCAGGCGGACGCUUUCUUAAAGGCAGCAGUCAGUAUUCUUCCGGAGGUUCCGCGCUCCAUCAGUGUGGAAGGGAAGCUUCGCUCUUCGGAGAGUUUCCUGCUCGACUUCAUCAACAACUUCCUGGCUACGCUUCUAGUUGUCCCGGAUCACCCAGAGUAUGGUGUGCUCUACUUAGUCCGCGGCGUGCUCAACAUGGUGCAGGAUUACACUUGGGAGGACAACAGUGAUGCCAAAGUGCGCGCGUACGCCUGUGCCAUCCCCCUGCUGGCUGCCAUGAGCCAGGAAACAUACCUGUACACGAUUCCAAAAAUGGACUCCAAUGAGACUCUUUACGGGGGGGACCCAAAGUUCCUGUCGGAAAUUAACAAGAUGUGCGAGACCCUGAUCGGACAGAUCCUCGACCACCUGAAGUCUCUCGGUCGAGAGGAGCAGCAGAGCACACGCCGCCAAAGCACUCUAGCCUUCUCUCUCUUCUGCGUCCUGCUCGCCCACGGAGACCUGAGGAACAACAAGCUGAGCCAGCUGGCCAUCAACCUGUGGAACCUCAGCCACAAACACGGAUACUGUGAGACACGCAUUUCUGUUCGGACGCUGGAGUACAUGAAACAUCAGGCAAAGCAGGCCGACAUGUCUCACCUGUCAGAUAUGGUCCAGAGGCUCGCGCUGCAGUCCCGGACUUGAGCGCCAGCAUCAACAAGUAUUUGUGUAAAAAAAAAAAAAAAAAAGACCCACUACAUGAUGAAAAGCACUAAGAAAUGCUUUAAUGAAAUGCAAGAUGGAUGGUUGGUUAGUUUUGAUACAAAUUAUGAUCAUACUUGUUUACAGCUUUCCAUUUUCGAUAGAGCUUGUCCUUGAUAAGGUCUUGGGAUGAGCUGGAGCCCAAGCGGCCUGACUUUGGACAAAAAAUUAGGUAUAGCUUGCACUGCUCACCAGCCAAUUUCAGGAUUGUGACAAUUUUUCAAACAUUAACAAGUGUUGCUAACCAAGUGUGCCCUCAGAGCUGUUGGUCAAUCCUGUCAGCACCAUUUAAAAUGUAACACAUGCAAGAGUAGCCACCAGCUGUGUUGACUCACGUUGCACCAGGCUGGUUGUAUUAUCACACAGUGCCAUUCAUAUAAUAAUAUAUUUAUCAUAAUCCUCCAUUUUAUUUAUGGCACUGAUCAUUUCUCAGCUAAUCCUUAUGAAGAGAACCAUGUAGUUGCUGAAUUUGUCUCGUAACAUCAAUCCUGAUUUUCAUUCUGCUACAAUAAAGAAAAUGGACAGGACAACAUUUGUUUCACGUCAGUCUCAAUCCUCUCAAUGUUAGUUUAUUGAAUCAGUUAGUGUAUGGUGGAAAAGGCAAAUGCCCCUCUUGUUUUCAAAGGAGAAAAAAAAUCAAACAGCAGUGACUUAUGUCAGGUUUGCAAAAAAAAAAAAGCACGCUUUGACAUGUUUCAAACUCAGGAAAAUGUUGAACACAAUUGUCUUUAUGAUAAUACGGUAGCUGUGUGACAACCAACAACUCUCAGAAGUCUCUUAGGAAACUGUGUUCAUUUAAGUUGUUCAUUUUUAUUUUGCCUCCAAUGCAAAACAGUGACCACUGCAGGGGAGGGGGUUGAGGGUAACAAUCUUUCCUACCACCCCACAAAAUAUUUUCAAGCAAUUCUAGAUUCGGUAGCCGUGGUGGAACUUUUAAUGAGCACUAAUAUGCAUACAAAAAUUGUGUACAAGUGCCCAAUUAAACAAAAAAAAUGUUAACCCUCAUCCUAAAUUGUGAUCCAUGUCUGACAUGAAUAAUAAAGGGGGGAAAAGCAAUUCCCCAACAGAGAAUCUCACCCCGCCCCCCUUCCCGGCUGCCCCGUUUCUCUCAAAGUGCCGGAAAAAAAUUUAGCAACGUUUCAAGAUAACUAAUUCCUCCUGCAGGUGGAAACCAACAGCCCAAAAGCAACAGAGAUUGGAGGCACACAAUGUUAAAGCUUUGCCUUCGGCUGAUGGACAAACGGUCAGAUGAGAAAAUGAGAAGUGCUCUUGACUACAAUAACUACUCAGACAUCUGAAUUAAGGGUGGGG